UGUUGGGUUUGGUUUUCCUUCUCUCACUGAUUUUAAAUUAGUUUCACUUUCCAGUUUCCUUUUCCUUUCAAACAGGCAAUUAUUUAGAAACCCAGAGAAUGCAUCAGCUGGUACAUUUGGCCUGGCCCCUAUCCCCUCACUAUAUAGUCUCUUCAAUAUUUACUGCAAGCAGAUCAGGAAGAUUUCUGAAGAGCAAAUCAGUCUGGUCUGCAGCUUUUUGGAACAGCUGAGAAGCAGACUGCAGCUAUGAGUGAAGUCACCAAGAAUUCACUGGAGAGAAUCCUUCCACAGCUAAAAUGCCACUUCACCUGGAACUUAUUCAAGGAAGAGGGCGUCUUAAGUCAUCUAGAAGACAGAGUGUGUAACCAGAUUCAAUUGCUAAGCACUGAAUUCAAAGCCACAAUGUACAACUUGUUGGCCUACCUGAAACAUCUACAAGGUCAAAAUGAGGCAGCCCUGGAAUGCUUACAGCAAGCUGAAAAGUUAAUCAAGCAAGAACAUGCUGGGCAAGCAGAAAUCCGAAGUCUGGUCACCUGGGGAAACUAUGCAUGGAUCUACUAUCACAUGGGCCAGCUCUCAGAUGCUCAGACUUAUUCUGACAAGGUAAAACAGGUCUGUGAAAAGUUUUCAAAUCCUUACAGUAUUGAAUAUCCUGAGCUUGACUGUGAGGAAGGAUGGACACUACUAAAGUGUAGAAGAAAUGAAAGGGCUAAGGUGUGCUUUGAGAAGGCUCUAGAAGAGAAACCUGACAACCCAGAAUUCUCCUCUGGACUAGCAAUUACAAUGUACCACCUGGAUUAUAAGCCAUGGAGGCAGUUCCCUGUCAAUGUUCUGAAGCAGGCUAUUGAGCUGAGUCCUGAGAACCAAUAUAUCAAAGUUCUCUUGGCCCUGAAACUGCAGAAAAUAAAUGAAGCUGAAGGAGAACAACUGAUUGAAGAGGCCCUGGUGAAGGCUCCUCACCAAACAGAUGUCCUGCAAAGUGCAGCCAAAUUUUACAGAAAAAAAGGUAAUCUAGACAAAGCUAUUGAAUACAUUCUAAGGGCCUUGGACUCCACUCCAAACAAUAGCUACCUCUAUUCCCAAAUUAUAUCCUACUACAAGGAAAAAGUAAAGCAAGUGCAGAAUACAGGAGAAUCUGAAGCCAAAGGAGAUAGAGAGAAGAUUGAAGAACUGAGGGUAUUAAUUACUGACUAUAAAAGUAAAGUUAUUGAGAAGAUGCCAAAUUUUCUGAAUGUACCCUGUGAUCUCACUGAGUUCAGGAAAGCAGAAGAAUGUUAUCAGCGAGCAUUCAGUAAGGAGCUUCCCAGUGCUGAGAAGCAACAACUUCAUACCAGCCAUAGCAACACUCAGGAAUAUGAAAGGAAGUCUGAAGACAUUACAGUUGAAAAUUAUUUAGAACAUUUUCCUAUAAGCAAGAAAUCAUCUGAGAAGGAAGAGAAGAAACAUAAUGCAGCUGAAAAUCUGCCUCCAAAAAAUGCACCAAAUUCUUGCUAUCUACAAGGUCUAGAUUCCAAGUUCAAUGGGGAUCUGCUACAAGCCACAAAAUGUUAUGAGAAGGCACCAGGCCAUCUGCUAAAGGAUGCCCUUUCAGGUAUGGGCAGUGUGUUCCAGUCACCAUCUGGGCCUGAAGGAAGCAGUGAGAUGUGCCAGAAUGGAAGCAGCUCCACUCUCAGUGAGCUUCCCCAUUCCUGACCUGGGACAAAGUGGAAGAAAAGAAGCAAGGCAUCCAAAGGUCCAGCAUGGUGGUUGUGAUGGGGAGAAGCCUGGGAGACAGGAAGCCUCCAACCUGAGGUGGCUAAACCCAGUGUUCUUGUUUAUUGCUUUCAAGCACAUUUUUUUUUUUGGUACCAGAGAUCAAACUCUGGUCCUUGCACUUGUGAGUCAGGCAACGGAACCACUGAGCUAAAUCCCCAGCCCCUCAAGUACAUUUUUAAAGGGUAGUUUUCUCAUGUUCUGUCUAUCCCAGCCACACAGGUGUCUGUACAGCAGCUCUUACUACCAGUGGCUAGUAGCUUUAGGCUGGCAUAAAGCUGAUUUGUUCUCAUUUUGCACUCAGUUUGCCAUAUAAUCCCCAUCUGUUCUUCUGGUGAAGGGUAAUACAUGGCAAUAGGCUACCAAGAAAAUCUUCAAUCACUUCUUUUGUCCCAUUUCCAGUCACACUUCUGGGCCCACAGGAUUAACUUUUGUGUAACUUUAUAAUGGUCUUUACAUCUUACUAUUGGAUUUAGCUAUAUUUAUGUGUAUUGUUUUUUGUUUUUGUUUUUUACAAUACUGGAAAUUGCACCCAGGAACUUUGUACUGAACUACAUCCAAAGCUUUAUUUUAUUAUUCUUUUUUUUUUCUGAGACAGAGUCUUGUUAAGUUGCUAACUUGCACUUCUCCUGCCUCAGCUUUCCAUUGUGCUAGGAUUACAAAUGUGGACCACCCCACCUGGCUUUUAGUGAUGCUACAAUAAAUCUAAAAAUUUCAACUCACAA